GUUCCCGGGCAGGCGCUGCGGCCCGCCUGGCGUCGGGCUGCACUUCCCGGCCUGCGCUGCCGCCCGGCCCAGACGGAGGUCGCUGCUGCAGGCGCCGGUCUGGGGCGACCCUCCCACCCGGAAAACUGUGCCGCGUCCGCGGGCCGUCGCGGGAACACGCGGCACGUGGCUGAAGACCCCGGGCGCCCCUCCCCCGCUGCGGGCGCUGGGACCCCUCCAGCUUUCCUCCCCCGCAACCGUUGCUAAGGGGCGUGGCUCAGCCCCGCUGGGCGGAGAGUCCCAAGCUUAUGAAUAUUUGGGCAUUCAAAUGAUGCCCCGCCCACGUUGCCAUGGCACCCGGGACCGCAUCCCCGCGGCCGGAAGAACAGCCCUGCGUCCGAGAGAGCGCCGAGCGGCGGCGCAGCCCCCAGGGCCGGACCCGGGUGGACCCCGGGCCGCACCUGUAGCUUCCUUUGGCCCCCAUGCAUGGGCCACUUUCGAGACCAGGCCACUGAGGCACAGGUCUCCAGUGGCUUGUCCAGGGGCCAUCACUCCCCACCACUGCCUCCUCCGUCAAACCCAGCUGACGCUGCCCUGGUCCGGCGAGGCCCGAACGCUCUAAGUGGUGACAUGUGCAUCUGCUGCAUUCUAGGGUGCCUUCAGCAGGGAUCAUGAUGCCAGGGUCCAGGGCCAGGUGCAAACAUCUUUGUCUUUAAGGACCAACACCAGGUACCAGUUGGGGACACAUGCCGCCUCUUUGCCCAGAUGUUUGACCCACAGCAGGAGAAGGCAGCUGCCUGCAGGUUAGUCGUGAAUGGACCCAGCCUGGGACAGACCCCGGGGGCCUCGGCCAAGCACGGCCAGCAUCCGGGUACGGGAGCUGAGCUGGCAGGGCCUGCGCAACCCCUGCCCGAAAAGCAAGGGCCCGGGCAGCCGCAGGGACGGCUGCAGAGGGCAGCUGGUGGAGCAGCGCCUGUCCCCUGCCCGGCUGCAGGCCCUGGCCGGGGUGGACGACCUGCAGCUGGUGCGGGUGCUGGAGAUGAGCGUGGACACCCGUGAGGGCAGCCUGGGGAACUUCGGGGUGCACCUGCCCAACCUGGACCAGCUGAAGCUGAACGGCAGCCGCCUGGGCUCCCUCAGAGACCUGGGCACCUCCCUGGGCCGCCUGCAGGUGCUGUGGCUGGCCCGCUGCGGCCUGAAUGACCUGGACGGCAUCGGCUCCUUCCCGGCACUGAAGGAACUGUACGUCUCCUACAACAACAUCUCCGACCUAAGCCCGCUGUGCCUGCUGGAGCAGCUGGAGGUGCUGGACCUGGAGGGCAACAGCGUGGAGGACCUGGAGCAGGUGCGCUACCUGCAGCUGUGCCCUCGGCUGGCCACGCUCACCCUGGAGGGGAACCUGGUGUGCCUGCGGCCGGCCCCUGAUCCCUCCAACAAGGUGCCCAGGGACUAUAACUACAGGGCAGAGGUGAAGAAGCUUGUGCCCCAGCUGCAGGUGCUGGACGAGGUGCCAGCCACGCGCCCGGGCCCGCCCGCCGCCCUGACGCUGACCCAGGACUGGCUCGUGGUGAAGGAGGCCAUCCAGAAGGGCAGCGUCCUCCCCUGGCUGGAUUGUCUCCAGGGAGCCCCCUUGCAGAGAUUCAACCCGGAGCUGUCCCUGCCUGAGACCCAGCCCCGGGCCCCCAGGUCCUGGUCCUUCUCCCUGCUGGUCCCCGGGGGCCCCCUGCCUCAAGACCUGCUUCCUGAGGACCCGGCCCAGGCAGACAACGCCAGCAAUCUCACUCACGGUGCUGGCCAAGUCCUCUGCGGGAACCCCACCAAAGGCCUGCGGGAGCGCAGGCACCAGUGCCAGGCCUGGGUGCCGCCGGAGCAGCUGCCCGCACGCAGGCCAGGAGAUCUGGCCACCAGCACCUCCACCUUAGGGCCUGACCCUGCAGACAGCUGUGACCUUCUGGACUUGGGCAGGCAUAGGGCCCGGCGGGAGCCAGGCCUAGGGCACCUGGGGUCCCAGCAGGAAGGGGCCCCAGCCCCCCGGGGCCCAGGAAGGGCCCCUGAAGAGCAAGAUGACCAGGCUGAGCCCAAGACUCCCUGCAGCCCCCAGAGCCCGGCCUCAGAGCCUUCCAGGACCUUAAGCUUCCACCUGACUCCUUCUCCGCCCAAAUGCCCAAUGCCACCUGACUCAGGUAGCAGCUCCCCCUGGAGGUCUGCAGACCUGUUCAGGGGGCGUCAGCUCAGAGCCCUAGACAGCCUGGGGCCUGGCCGGGGUGAGGGGCCUGGCCUGGGCCGUGGGGUGGCUGCAGUGACUGCCCUGAGAGCCCUGGAGGUGGCCUCGGGCCUGAGCGCUGGAGCCCAGGGAUGUCCAGGCCCGAAGCCAGCACCGGAUCCUGCGGCAAGACCCCCAGGCCUCCAGUGCCGGCGGCACCUGAACCCUAUGGCUCAAUCCCACCCUUAAUGUGCACCCCGCCCUCACUGCCAAGCUUGCCUGGACUGGGGCCAAGGAGCCCCCCAUGUGGUCCUGUGGCCCCACAGGGACUCUGGCCCCACAGACCAGAGCAUCUGGGCUGCUGUGUUGGGGGGUGGGGGAUGAGCCUGGGCCAGGCCCCGGAGAGGCCCCCAGGGGAGUGGGGUCUUGGGAGCAGCCAGGGGACCACAGAGGCCAGAGCCCAGGUUAGGGCCCAGGCUUGGCUUUAGCCUGGGCAGGGAGGGUCCAAUCCCCACCCUUCCAUGGGGCCAAGAGUUCCCAAGAGGACUGGCCAGGGGCCAGGCCUGAGACCUCCCCUGCUGGGGCUGGGGCUGGGCCAGGGCCAGGGCCCGGGUGGCAGAGCUGGGGCUGGGAGUCCAUCCUCUGCUCAAGCGCCCUCGGGUUGCCCCUGGGUCCGAGGUGCCUGCCUGAGGCCGCCCGGGGAACAGCCAGGACUUGGUCCUCGGGGGACUUGUGGGGUUCCCAUGCAGGAAUGGGGCGGCCAGAAACCAAGCGAAUCAUUUCCGACUCUCAGGUGUGCUCAAGUGCUGUUUACUUUGUGGGUGACGUUGGUUCAAUAAAGCUUGCAGCUAGCGCUGCCCGCCCA